AUGGAGACAGAGAAAAUGCAUGCACCCCUUGUGUCAAUCUUAACGGAACUGGUGCCUUGUAGGUUACUUAUUAUAACCGGAAAUGUACUGAUCAGUGUGGGCUUUUUCUGCGCAGCUUUUAUCUCAUCAGUUCCGGUUCUUAUUCUGUGUCUGGGGGUUCUUCCAGGUAUUGGGAUGAAUUAAGUAAUGUUUUCCUAAACAAUAAUCCUGAAGGGAUAUUUUGUGCAAAAAAUGUCCCUUGCUUGGGGAUUUUGCCUGGCUGGUGCUGGCGUGGGCAUGAUAAGUUUCCCGCCAUUUUAUGUUUACUUACACACAACCUUUGGAUUAAAGGGAUCCUUCCUCAUAUGUUCAGGCAUUUGCUUCAAUUGUAUUGUGUUUUCUUGCUUAUCCAAACCAAGUAAAUUUCAUUCUCGAAAAAAGCGAUCGGAAAAGGGAUUCUUAAGGACAGAACUCUUUGACUUUAGCCUUUUUAAAUCACAUAACUUUGUUUUGUUUGUGACGGCUCAUCUUUUCUUCAACACUGGGUACGCUGUCCCUUUCACUUACCUGCCAAUCAAAGGAGAGGAGGAGGGCUUUUCCGAACAGUCGUCUGCUCUCUUUAUUACGUCACUUGGAGCUGGGAGUUCAAUAGCAAGAAUAGCCUUCCGAUGGUUUUCAUCGAAAUUUCCUGCACUCCGGACAAGGACAUAUCUUUUUGUUGUGUUCACUGCGACUCUGUCGUUGCUUCCCGUGGCAUUUUCACGUUCCUACCCAUUAAUCAUAGUUUGUUCAGCGGCGUUUGGCGCAUGUUCAGGAAUCACCCACACGGAGAUCCCUUCAGUUCUUCUUUGGAUGUUAGGAGUUGACAGAUUUCCCAGCAGUUUAUCUAUAGCAGCUAUGCAACAAGGAAUCGGGUCCCUUAUAGGAAUACCGCUUGCAGAAGUGAUAUGUCGAAAUGCUGGGGACAACAGUGUUGCCUUUUUCUUAACCUCUGGUAUGUAUGCGAUGGCUGUUAUCCUUAUGGUUUUGUCCUUCUACUUGCCUGAUAAAGCUUUAACAAAGAAUCAAGAACAAAAGCUAAAGUCCAAACUCGCGGUAUCCAUUCCGGAAGUAUAUGUUGUCCAUUCAAUGGAUUAGGAAAUCAACAGACCAACGGCAGCUUGAUGUCAUGGAUAUCCGUGCAUUUGUUUAAUUAUUUACUAUUACAUUAUGCACUGUAUAAAUA